UGUUUCAUGCACCUGUGCGCGUGGCCGACAAUGCAAAGCCUUUGACACGAGCGGCGGGCGACGAGUUCACUUUGCUGAUUUUCAAAAGGAGGAGAGUUUGAAUUUAGCGUCGUUAGAUUUUGGUAGAGCCGCAAUAUUAAAUUAAAUUGUCUGGCACUAACCUCGUUCAGUUUACAGCUUAGAGGUGAGCUUUUUUGUCAAACAGGAUGUUAACUAGCUAACGUUAGCUGAAGUUUGAAUCGCUAACGUUAAUGCCCGCCGAGUAUUUCUGCCGUUCAGAAUAAAUUUCAAAGGCUUACAAAGUUUGCUUUGCUGAACGUUGGAGUCGUUUACAGUUAAGGAAUGAAGAGUGGCUUCGUAAGGAAAGAGGUGGUGGACACGGCCCAUUCAGUGCUAAACAUGGAUGAGAGGGCACACUCAAAGAGCACUAUUUUCAGUAGGCUCAAUCCAGCCAAAUGUGAACACUUGAAACCUCUUUCUGUACAUUCAAGGAUGAUCACCUGUGACCAAAAAGCCAGUCAGCAUCACCUGAGAAAGUUUUCCAAUCCAUUUAUAAAUUUUAAAAUUGAGGUGGUGAACAAUUGUAUGAAAAAAAGGAAAUUGGAUAAUUCCAGUCCCGACGAUGGUUAUGAGUCUCCAGUAAAAAAGUCCUUUAAUUCAAAGGCUUUGUCCCCAGACCUCGGGUGUUGCAUGGACUACUGUAGCCCCCCUGCAGGGCAGGACUGUGCAUCUCCUUGGGCCAUCUUAAAGUCUGCAUUGUCAGAUGAGACACAUGCAAUUAGGAGUGAAAUAAGGGCACCUGUGUGCUCUCAGCUACAUUCUGAGAAUGUGGAAUAUGGGUCCUCAACAGGGCAAGAGUGUAACAAGGGGACUGUACCACACAAUUCAAAGUGUGAUGAUGUGGUCUUAAAUCUGGCACCUGCUUUUGACUGUGACGUUGAUGACAUCUUGUGUCUCAAUUCCGUUGGCACUUAUUCUGCUAGAGGACUCUCUGAAAAUGCAAAGAGCUGCAAGGAUCCAAGUAGCAGCACAUGUCAAAAUAAGCCUGUCUUAAUUCCCACUGUGGCACACAAACAAGAGUUGGAUAAAGGAGAUGGGCACAUGCAGGGAGGACGAGAGAAACUUAAUAAAAAAAUGCAUCUGAGUGUAAAGGAUGAUGAAGAAGAUAAGGGCUACUUCUCCAUGUCUUAUGUGCAUGAUCUUAAAAUAGGAAAGAUCCCCCCUCAGUCAGGACAGCCUCAGCUGCCUACAGCUACCUCUGAUACCCUGCAGAGGAUGGGUGAGGUUGAGGGGUCACAGGAUGGAUCCCAUGCUGAAAGUUCAUCUAAACAAGCUGAGCUGUCUGAACAGCAUGUCUCCCUCUCAGUUAGUGAUUUGUGUGCAAUUAUUAGAGGGCCACCAUUAGAGGCCGUGAAUUCACAUGUAGAUUGUUUAGAUGGUGAUGUUGAAGAGAUGUGGAAUAUCGGUUCCCCUAUAUUUGAAUCAUCGAUGUGCCACAGUGUCACAGCGAAGUUGGACACUGGUAGUGAGCAGAUUAGACAGGUGACAGAGGAGGUGCAGGGAGGUGUGACAGAGCCUAUCCAUGAGUGUCAAGCCACAUUUAAUGGAGAGGAAACCACUUCAGACACCAGUUAUGAAACCAGCUUACCUCUCCAAGUACAGGUGAAAUCGGUUGUGGUGGCUCCCAGCCAACACACCACCACCAGCAGUAAAACAGUAGCAUCCUGUCUGCCAGAGCAGAACACUAAGCGUACUAAGCCAAAAUCAGAUGAGAACAGAGUUUCCCAGAGUGGCAAAUGUGUCAGCAGUAGCAGGAGACAAAGGCCUGUGAUCUUUAAGAGCGAGAUGGACUGGGAUCAUGGAAAACGGCUGUAUGUCCAUUCAGUCACCAAACACAUGAAAGAAAAUCCUGGGGCAGAACAAGAUGUCAUGACUGAGCUUCUGAACCUGAUGACCCACGUCGCUGACCAGACACCAGGCGCUAAUGGCAGACAAUGGCAGCAUCCCUCUGACCUCACACGCAGGAACUACCAAAGACGGUUUGGACACACAACGCCAAAGAUGACCCUCCAUGAAUGGCGAGCCAAGAACUGUACAACACACAAACGCUUUUCCAAGGUCCCCAAAAUUUUUGAAAGGAGUCCAUUUCCCUGAAUUAGGACUUGUAGCGACUUCUUGUAAACAGAAUGCACUCCUUGUAAGGACGCAGCUGGUGGAGUUAGCCCCGUACCAGGUACAGCAAUGUUUGCACUGUUUUUCCUCCUUUGUUUAAUAUGUGGUGUGUAUUCUUGGUUUGUCAGUUUGAGUGUUACUCUUUUUUCUAUCCACUAUGCAUGUACCUCUGUGUGAAAAUCAAUGCAUGUUUUAAGGGGUUGUUAUGUUCUAGAAGUGAUGCUACAGCACAAGCACUUAAGCGUUUGAAGCGUCUUAAAUUCCUUGCCUUUUAGUAGAUGUGAAACUAUGCCCGUUUUAAAGUGUGUUUGUACAGUUUGACAUUUUAUACGUUUGUUUUGUUGUUGAAUACAAAAGUAUUCACCAUCCAUGUUCUGGAUAUGAUUAGGGCAGUGCGGGGCUGUACUGAGAGGUUUAUCUGUUCCUGUGCCUCUUAUACUGUAAGGUGUUCCUGUUACAUUGUCCACGCUUAAACAUCAAGUCUACUGUAGAAAUUGGAAUGGGAAAAAUGUGGCUGAAGAUAUAGUACAGUCUGGAGGAAACUGAUACAAAUAUUGGAUUAUUUCUUGACAGUCAACAAGUUGUUCGCUGGAAUUGAUUGUUUAUGAAGGUCAGUUCACUCACAUGAUGUAAACAUUUUUCAGCCAUACCCUGAAUUGGAAAUUGGGUUAUUAAUAAUGUUCUGGCUGAUGUGGAUUAUUCUCAGACCUUAUUUUACUCCUUUUCUUAAACCACUGAAAAACUGCUUUUACUUACAUUACAUUACUCAGAAGUAAUGUGAGGUGUUUUUUGUGGUGUCAGGAGAAAUCUCGAUGAUGGACAUUUCAAAACCCUCACCAAUACCCUUAACAGUAGGGGUUAAAUGGGAAAAUGUGUUUGUGAUUUGUGUGAACUGACCCUUUAAUUGCAGAGCAGCAGUUAUCACAGUGUACUUCUAGCUGAUUGGAGGAUUCUCUGCACUGUGGUCUCAUUAAACCCUGUAACAUUGUAAGCAAAGUGUAAGUGCCACAGGCGCUGAGUUGAGAGCUCGGUCUCCAGAGUCAGAGCAUGGCUGUGUGUUUGUGUGGGGGUGAGACAGUACUGCUGAUGAAGUUCUCAUAAUAAAGCUUAGCCUGUUCAGCUUCCACCACAGUUGUCAACCUCUGUUAAUGUUUGCAGAAUAAUGCUGCAUCUUUGUCAGCUUUAUUCUCUCCUCUGCUACACAGCGUCUGAGUGCUGUGUGCAGGUACAGGCUGACAGAAGGGACCCCAGGGGGUGAAAAAAAUGGAACAUGGAACUUAUCAGCGUGGGUCCCAUCCAUUGAAUAAUGCAGGUUGUUAGAGUAAUCUUGUCUGUACAGAUAGUGGGGCAGCCUGUCCCUGGCCAGCCAUCCAGAAGGCAGAGGUGUGUGGGUGUCUGGUGAAGGCCUCGUGACACACGCUGCGCAGACUGAAAGGCACAUGUGCAACUGAGCAGCCAGAGCACUUCUACACCUAACAAUGUUUUUCCCCAACAGAACCAUGAGCCAGAGCUAUCAGCAGUAAAGAGACUUUGUGUUUACCUGACAUGCUUCACAGUUCUUCUGCGGCCGUGUUGGGUUUUGUCUAAACACACUGCACAACCAAAAACAAACGAGUCAGAGAUAGAAGUCGUGCGUAUCGGCCACAAGAGUCUCCCAGAGUCUCAUUUCGCCUGCUCAGCCAAACAGUCGAGGACCGCUCUGUGCAUAGACAAACAUAAACAUAAUCAAAUAUGGGACUUGAGUAAGAUCCAUGUGAUUUAUCGUGUUCUGCUGUUUAAGUCUCAUUGAUUUCUGAGCCAUUACAAGUUCAGGCACGUUUUCCUACACAAGUUGCUGACUCAACAGCAAACGCAUUUGCCUGAAACCAUGUUGUUGGGUGAAUUUUUCAGGAUGAUUAAUGUCUUUCUCGGGCAAAACUCUGCAUCUCCACAGUAACAGUAAAACAGCAAAAUUGUAGGGCUGUGCUUUUUUCGAUGGAGAAAAGUCUGACAGUUGAAGCCUGGUGAAGUCUGAGGUUUGCAUGUAUUAUUCACCAAAGAAAAAGUCUGUCCUCCUGGAUUUUGUAAAACUGUUUCUUUAAAAAAAAUUCCACUAACCUGACUUUUUUGCCCUGAAAGGUUCAAACAAUCUCAUAUUCUGUUUUAAUGUCAGCACUUAAUGUUUUUGUUGAGAUCAAACAGACUUUUGUGGAAAAUAUUACAUAUUUUAUUUAAGCAUACACAAGUAAGCAUACACCAUAUUCUUCAUAAUAGAAGUUGUGUAACCUUGUGCAUAAUAGUUAAACCAUGCUAGCCCUCAUUAAGCAAUGACUGCUGUACACCUCAUACAAUGAAUAUAAACAUGAUAGCACUAAUAAAGCAGUUCAUUUUUCUAAACCAUGCUUCUCUGUGGAUCUCAUUCCUAUAUUUCAGUAACUCCAUAAUGAAAUAGUCCAACUCUAUCAUCACGACACUGCGUUUCAGUUUCCAGGCGUGUUUCUAGUCUAAUACAAAAUACACUUUGUGUAAGUUGUUUUGAAAAAAAUCUGUACCUUUACUGCCUUGGUAUCUCUUCACAAAAUAGUCCAUUACAGCUACCAAGUGUAUUUUUUCAGGCAUUGUAUGGUUCAUACAGUAGCUUGAGAAAACGUCUUGGGCCUCUAGACACUGAAAGAAAGUCCUCAGUGUGUUGUUAAAGAGUGGUUUGACACCACAGGGCUCAAGUGGAAUGUUGAGUUCUUACAGUCGUCACCAUUUGUCGAGUGUGAUUUAAAGGAAAAAGACUUUUCAUCUGUGGCUGUCAGGUGUGUACUUAACCUGUUACAACCAGAAGCAUCAGUAGUGUCUGGAUGUCCUCACAUCAGUUUCUUCAGCAGUGGGAACAGUCUGCGUAUGGUUGACGGAGCAAACUGCACUGUUCUACACCACUAGGUAUGACGUGUGGACUCUUAAUUAGAUAACCACAAGUCCUCCACUCAUCCAUGGAAACACC